UGGCGUAACAACACAUCGCAGUUUUCGAGAACAGUAAAAAAUCACAAUUUACUUUGCGGUCGAGUAUGUAUGACGAAGAGUUUUGUUGGUGUGAAACAACUUAUCGCAGAAAAGUGUUUUAGCAAAUGCUUUGUGCGGCAACGAAGUAAACAAUAGUAUGCAAUUUACAAGUUAGUAAAUAAAUUAAAGAGGCGUGAGUCCAAGGUGUAAGUGUAAUUGUAAGAGAACAAAACAAGAUGAGCGCCCCAAUUAUCAUCACUGUUCCCAACAACUACCUAGCGAUGGAGGACAUGGACUCCCAGGUGAUGGUCGACGUAACGUCACCAUCACCAUCACCAUCGCGAAAAAGAAGGUUGGACCAUCUCACAUGGGAGGAGAAAAUGCAGCGCAAGAAAUUGAAAAAUCGUGUCGCAGCGCAGACUUCACGCGACAGGAAAAAGGCUAAAAUGGAUGAAAUGGAAAGUCGUAUCAAACAUUUUAUGGAUGUCAAUGAAAAGCUUAUUAGUGAAGUGGAGAGUUUGAAGGCAUUGAACGAGCGUCUGUUAAGUGAGAACACUAAGCUACGCAGUGAGGCGGCGGCUCGCACCGUCGCGGGAGCCCCGGGACCAGCAGCGUCUCAGCCUCAGCAGAAGGUGGGGCUCCCGUCGGCGAUGCGUGUGGCACGCCUGCUGCUGGCGAUGUGCCUCUUGCAGACAUCCUCGCACAGUUCGAGUCUGAAGAGUACCUCGACACCCUUCAGCAGCUUGCAAACUCCCUCCUCCAAGAAAUUGAUACAAACACUUCAGGAGCGACUCAAGAUGUAUCAAUCAGGGAAGCUGGAGAAUGCAUUGCAGGAGCUCAAGUGGUGGGGACCUCAGCAAAGCAACUGGAAUCCGGUGAAGGUGGAUGCGUAGACAUCAGGCCGGAG